CACAAAUAUCUAUGACGUUUUGCGGAGGUCAUAUUCUUUUGUACACUUCCUGUAUGUCAAGAAUUUGGUAUUUUGUCAAAAAUACCUUCUAACAAGGACUUACCGAAAGCGAAUUAUAUUUAUUAGAAAUGCAGAAAGAAAACACCAUUCGUAUUUUACAUAAAGGAUAAUACAAAGCUACCGGUGCAGAUAUGCUUUCAAAGAAGAAAGAUUCCUCAGGGUUGAAUGAUGGUAUAGCUGGGAAGUAUGUUAAAAGAGACACUCCCCCAAUACUAAGAUCCUACCAUCAGCCAGUGAAACCUCCUACAGGCCAAAGAAGAUCUGGAGUUAAAGCUCCUGCCUCAUAUAUACCACAACAGGCAGUCAGUUCAGCUGCCAGCUUCCCCUUCAUUAGUAAACCAACAAGUACAAGACCUCAAAGUCAGAUAGAAACUGUACCUAGGGAGUCUUUAGUGAAAGUCCAGCGGUCUGUGCCAAGUGCUUCAUCUGUGAUAAACCAUGAGAGACAAACUCAGUCACCUGUCUCUCAACAAGUUCUGUCUCAACCUAAUUUGUCAAACCAACAAUUAGUCACCUCUCACCCUGUUUCUAAUCUUAAUACAGAUAUGCUAUCAAUAACUAAAGAAAUGCAUAGACUAAGUGUAGAUUCUGCCUCCCUGGAGCAAGCUAGAGCAAUGAAACAAUUCUCAUCACAGUCUAGCACAUCAUCUGGAAUAUCUAGUGCUGGUUCCGGUAUUACAAAGUCUGGGUCAGCAAGUUCUUUACAGGGAACAAGCAGUAGUAGAAAUACUGGUUCCCAACAUACAGGUGAAACAGCUUAUGAAAGUGCUGGUGCCCCUGGUUCUGCACAGGGUUAUCAGCCAGGGUACCAGCAAACUGAUGUGCACAGUGGAAAUUUCAAUGUUGUUCAAGAAGAACAAGAUGAAGAGAGUCAGUAUGGUGCAAGUUAUGGUAACGAGGGCGGUCAGGUGUAUGAUGAUAACUAUGAGAUACAACAAUACCAUCAAGAUAUCAGAAAUCAUUACGCCCAACAGAAUAUUUCUACUCAACAAACAUUAGGUCAACCACAGAGUUCUGAUGUACAUACUGUUACAACUUCAGCGAGUUCAAAUUUUAUGGGUCAUGAUGAAAUGGCAUUGCCGACAGGUUGGUCAGUGGACUGGACAUUCCGAGGUCGCAAGUAUUACAUUGACCACAAUACACAGACAACACAUUGGAGUCAUCCUCUAGAGAAGGAAAAUCUACCAACAGGCUGGCAUAGGAUAGAAUCAAAGGAGUAUGGUGUUUAUUAUGUGAAUCACUACACAAAGCAAGCACAAUAUGCUCAUCCAUGUUCUACUGUGAUGUCAUAUCAAUAUGGUCACCAUAGCAACCAGUUACCAGUUACAUCACAAGCUCAGCCACGUGGGAACCUGGUACCUGCCAACCCCUAUCUCAAUACAGAGAUUCCAGAAUGGUUAAGAGUUUACUCAAAAGCACCUCCAGAGCAUGACCACAAGUUGAAGUGGGAUUUGUUCCAGUUAAAUCAGAUGGAAACGUUUGAUGCAAUGUUGAAUCGUUUAUGUAAACAAGAACUAGAAAAGAUUGUGAUGAGUUAUGAAAGAUAUCGAACUGCUUUAAAUCGUGAACUUGAACGACGGAGACAAGAAAUGCCAAAAGAUGAUGCUGAUAAUCAGUCCAGAACAAACAAUGAAAAGGACAGACAGACACCUGUCACUAGUGGUGCAGUGCAAGUGUCAAGGUCAAAUUCUUCAGCUAGUGUCAAAAGUCAAGGUCAGGCUUUACGUGAUCAAACUGUGCAAUCUAGUGAGAGUGGUCUGUUCCAACAUGAUCAAGGUACUAUGUAUGAGAAUGAGAAUAUUUUACAGAUGCAGAGACAACUUCAACAACAACAACAAGAGUUAGCCAAGCAACGACUGUUGGCACAAAUGCAAGAACAACAGCAGUUGCAACAGCAGCAACAACAUUUACAACAACAGCAACAACAAAUGCCUAGUCAGGAGCAGCAGCUGCACUAUCAGUAUAUGUUGCUACGGCAACAACAUUUACAACAGUUACAACAACAACAACAGCAGCAGCAACAACAACAACAGAUUUCUCCUCUCCACCAGCAAUAUCAACAACAACAAGCAGCUUAUCAGCACCUGCUGCAACAACAUCACUAUCAACAACUCCAACAGUUAUAUCAACAACAACAACAACAACAGCAGCCUAGUCAGGCCCAGUAUGUUGUUUCUCAUCCAAAUAUUUUGAUGACACAAGGUCAAAUGGUAUCUAAAGCACCGGUUCUCGUCUCACAACAGUCUAACACACAAGUGUCUGGUAACCAGCAGAUGUUUUAUCAAAUGUCAGGCCAACAACAAAUGCAGUCCCAGCAAGUUGGUGCUCAACAACAAUUACAAGGUCAAGGACUUUUGUCUCAACUACAAGGUCAGGGUCAGCAGAUGUUACAGUUGUCAGGACAACAAGUUCAGUUAACUCCUCAACAACAGCAACAACUUACACCAGAACAACAACAACAACUGUUAGCACAAAAUAUAGAAACAAAAGUUUAGCCAGUGUUUACUUUAAGUCAUAAUAUUUAUGAUUUAUGAGGAUAUUUUUCUUCAGAUUGUUCUUAUUAUAUUAUUGUUUGUUUUCAAAAUUAUUUCAAAUGGUGACUAAGUUUUUUUUAGAAAAAAAAAAAGAAUUUAUUUUUGUAAGGAGACACCUAAAAGAAUCUACAAUGUAAACUUGUAAAAAAACAUUUAAAUUGCAUGUAAAUCAUCAUCUAAACUCUAGAAAUAAGUGCAAUUAAAACAACAAAAAAGACAUCCAUAAUCAUGUUCAGAUAUUUAAGUCUUAUGAAAGUCAUAUGUCAUAGUCAUUGUUUAAUUUAUCUGGUAAUUCACAGUGCACUUUACUUUGUAAGGAAUUUAGGAUAUAUUUUUCUAUAACCAUAAUUUUUCAUGUCAUAUUCAGCUAUUCAUGCACAUUAUUCUUAGUAAUAAGGUUCUAAAACGAUGUUUAAACAGCAACAACACAUACAGUUUUUCAAAAUAUUAUUAUUUUGUUAUCAACGCGUUUCGGUGAACAACACCUUCAUCGGGAUAAUAAUGAAUAAUUUUUAAUAAGGUUCUAGUAAAGAAUAGUUUAUAGUAAAACUUUUGAUGUCUAAAGAAAGAACAUUUUUGUCUUGUAGUUUUUGUGAUUAUUUGAUAUACUUUUUUUACUAGAAAGUAGUCUGGGAUUUCUUUUGUGAUUAUGAACUAUAUAUACAGUGCCUAUACCACAUGACAUUUUGUGAUCUGCAUGGGCCAGAAAACUGGUACAAAAAUCAGUCCAGUGACACUCAAAACUUUAUCUUAUAAAUCAUAAUAAAAUUUUAACAAAAGUUAUUGAGGGAAAUAAAUGCUGGACUAACUUUACUAUUGGUUUUCGGCCCCACACAAAUCAUAUAAAGUUAUUUGGUAUAGGUACCAUGUUUAAUAAAGGGAGACUACCUGUGUUGGCAUAUAAGCUUCCAUUGACAUAUCUAUAGGCUAGUACCUUGCUAUAUUGAUUUAUCUCCCUUUAGACAUACCAGUUUUCAUUCUAGGAAUUAUUUGAUAAAAUCAACGUAAUACAUUCAUCUAUAAAACAUGAUUUAAAGUAUGAAAAUUAAAUAAAACAUCAACUGUAUCCAGUCAAUAGUUUAUAAUUUACCUUUAUGAUGAUUUUCUUCAAAACUUCAAGAUGAUGAAUUUACUGAUAAUCCAUUUCAACAUUUCAAAGGUAAUAAAAAAGAGAACAAUUAUGUAAAUAAUUAAAAUGUUUUUUGCCGGCUCGCCACGGCGAGCCGGUAUUACGGUAGGAUUUUACUGAGAAACAACCUAAAACUCCGAAGCUAUCCAAAAAUUUAAUCGAAGCUUGGCUUCCAGCUUUCUACAAAAUUUAUCUAUCAGGGCUAGGACCCAAAAUUAUUUAGCCAAUCAAAUUUAAUCUUACAUAGCGUCAAAAAACCUUCAAUUUUCACGCCAUUUUUAAAAAUCAGCAAGUAUUGUUUUGAGCGCAAAGAUAUAAUGAUGAUUAAAAUGUUUGUCUUUAUGAAUUCUUUUCAAUAAAUCAUAUUUACACUGACUUCUGAUUUAGCGAUUUCACCUGUUUUCUCUGUAGUAAGUUUUCGUUUGGUUAAUUAACAUAAGAGUACAUCUGGUUCUGUGCAUUUUUUAUUUUCCUUUUUUCCGGUCAUUUUAUCCUUUCCGGUAUUUAGUGUAUGUAUUUACUGG